AUUCCUUGUGCAAUAUAUUUCCCAUAAAACAAAAAACUUUUUAAUAAUACGUCAUAAUGGGCAACAGAAGUAAAUACAAUAAUCAGUAAGAAAUAUAAAGCAUGUUUUGAUGAAUCCUGAAUGGUUUGUAACUCACUGGAGAGCAAAUCAAACAAACAGUGUUUUAAAUCACUUCAAUACUAAUUAUCAUGAAGAGCCUAGAAACUAAUUUCAUUCAGUUUAUUUGUAUAUCACACAGUGCCCUUCUGUCACUGCCCUCACAAACAGUUCUCUACCACACCACCAGAGGGCAUCAACUCCUGAAUUUUGAGCUCUUCCUUGGUGGUUAUGCUAGAGAGAACAACAACAGGAGCAACAGUAAAAUAAAAUGGCUUCUAAGUUUUCAGAAGAGGACUUCUCUUGUCCUGUGUGCUGUGAAAUCUUCAAGGAUCCUGUUGUUCUGAGUUGCAGUCACAGUGUGUGUAAAGUGUGUUUGCAGCAGAUCUGGGAGACCAAAGGAUCCAGAGAAUGUCCUGUUUGUAGGACAAAGUCAUCUAUGAGUGAUCCUCCCAUAAGUCUGGCCUUAAAGAACCUGUGUGAGACUUUUUUACAGGAGAGAAGUCCAAGAUCUUCAUCAGGUUCUGAAACAAUCUGCAGUCUGCACAGUGAGAAACUCAAACUCUUCUGUCUGGAUGAUCAACAGUUGGUGUGUUUGGUGUGUCGGGAUUCAAGAAAACACACCAACCACAAAUUCUGCCCCGUUGAUGAGGCAGCAACAGACUGUAAGGAGGAGCUCAAAACUGCACUGAAGCCCCAACAGGAGAAACUGAAGAUCUUUACAGACUGUAAACUGAACUGGAGUCAGACUGCAGAACAUAUAAAGAUUCAGGCCCAACAGACAGAGCAUCAGAUUAAGGAACAGUUUGAGAAACUUCACCAGUUUCUACAAGAUGAAGAGGCAGUCAGGAUCGCUGCACUGAGAGAGGAAGAGGAGCAGAAGAGUCAGAUGAUGAAGGAGAAGAUUGAGAAGCUGAGCAGAGACAUAUCAUCUCUUUCAGACACAAUCAGAGCCAUAGAAGAGGAGAUGAGAGCUGAAGGCAUCCUGUUCUUACAAAACUACAAGGCCACAGUGAAAAGAGCCCAGUGCACACUGCAGCAUCCAGAGGGGCUUUCAGGAGCACUGAUCCAUGUGGCAAAACAUCUGGCCAACCUGAAGUUCAGAGUCUGGGAGAAGAUGCAGGAUACUGUCCAAUACACACCUGUAACUCUGGACCCCAACACUGUUUAUAAUAAACUCAUUGUAUCUGAUGAUCUGACCAGUGUGAGACUCAGUGAUGAGAAACAGAAACUUCCUGAUAAUCCAGAGAGGUUUGAUCAAUGCCGCUGUAUCCUGGGCUCUGAGGGCUUUAACUCAGGGACACACUGCUGGGAUGUUGAAGUUGGAGACAAUACAGACUGGGUUGUGGGUGUGAUGAAAGAGUCUGUUCAGAGGAAGGGGGGGAUAAUCACCAAAAGUGGAAUCUGGUAUGUGCGGUAUUAUAAAGGUGAAUAUAAAGCAUGUUCUACACCACAGAUAUUCACUCCCCUCUCAGUAGAACAAAAACUCCAGAGGAUCAGAGUGAAACUGGACUGGGACAGAGGAAAGCUGUCAUUCUACAACCCUCUCACUAACACACACAUACACACUUUCACACACACAUUUACUGAUAAAUUACUGCCAUAUCUAUGUGUUUUUGCUAAACAAUGUCCUCUAAAGAUUCUCCCACUUCAGUGCUCUGUAAGAGUGGAUCAGAUCAGUUAGAGCUCAUAUUGUUUUACUUCAGUUUAUUAAUUAAAUUUUGCAGAUUAAAAGAUUCAGAUUCUUUGUGAAAGUUUGUUGAAAACACUGAACAGUUCAUUGUGAAACAUUUAUUAAAGUCUUGUGGCAUAA